AUGCUCUCUUUCCUGGCCAAGCCAAAGGAGGUGGUCAAGGGCACCUCGAUGGCCUUCCCGGGCUUCAAGAAGGAGAAGGACCGAGUGGACGUGGUGGCGUACCUCAGCACGCUCAAGGAUUUUAAGGAGCGGUGGUCGUUUCCGCCGGCGAAAGACCCUCUCCUAUCCGCGGCGACGCCGCCACCCGCUCGCUAUGACUUUGCCAUCAAUCUCCUCAUGCUCAUUUCCUUCAUGGAUGCGACGGAGUACUCGGUUGUGAUGCCGUCCUUAUGGAACUACUUGAACGAGGUCGAGCCCUCCGACACGCGCCACGGCCUCGCAAACGAGUACGGCAUCGUGAUCGCCUCCUUCUCCCUCGCGAGUCUGCUCCUCAAGCCGCUCGUCGGCAUCUGGUGCGACCAGCGCAGCUUCAAGGAGGUGUACGCGGUGACGCUGCUCGCCGCCGCGGCAGGAAACGCGCUCUACGCCUUCGCCGGGCUAGGCGGGAGCUGGCUCUUCAUGCUCGCUGGCAGGCUGCUCUCUGGUGCGGGAGCAGCGAACUCGUCCCUCUCCUUUGCCUAUGUCUCGCGCACCGUCGAGCCCUCGAGCCGCACGGGCACCAUGGCCAAGCUCUCCCUCGCCUUCCCUCUCGGGAUGGUGGUCGGGCCCGCCUUCAACGCGCUCCUCGCGCAGCUACACGCGACCCUGCCCCUGCCGGGCGGCGCGACGCUGCGCGUCAACCCAAACAACUCUCCCGGCCUGCUCAUGGCCGCCCUCGUGCUCCUCCAGCUGGUCGCGCUGCUCACUCUCCUGCCGGAGCCGCCGCCGUACACCUCCGACCCCGCUGCGCCCCCGGGCCGAAAGUGCGACGCAGCCAAGGGCGUGCUGCGAGAGCUGCGAUCGCUGCCCGUGCUCGCAUGCUUCACCGCGACCUUCACCUUCAACCUCACGAUCGCCACCAGCGAGGCGCUCGUCGUCCCGGUCACAAAGGCCGCCUUCGGCUUCUCGGCGCUGCAAAACUCGUUCGUCUACCUCGCCAUCGCCGUGCUGAUGAUCGGGCUCAACCUCGCCGCGCUCGAGCUCGAGCGCGGUCUGGUCUCGCUCCUCGCCUCCUCGCCCGCCUCGGCCGACGCCACCGCCGCGUGGUCAACACGCGCAGCCAGGCUCGCGGCAAACCUCGAGGCCGACGAGGCGGUCGGCCGCAGCGACGUCAAGGCGCUCGAGCGUUUCUGCGGCGUCGCGUACGUGCUGCUCGUCUGGCGGUACGACAUGCCGCUGUACGCCUUCCUGCUCGGCGAGCUGCUCCUGCUUUGGAACAUCCCCUUCGUCUUUGCGCCGAACCGCUCCGUCUUCUCGAAGCUCGUCGAGGGCUCGAAGCACCAGGCGCUCCUCUCCUCCCUCCUCUCGAUCGCAGCAUCCGCCGGAGGGGUGGUCGGGCCGAUCUGGCUCGGCGCCUCCGUCGGCGAGCCGUCCAUCCGCCGCACGAGCCGCGGGGAGGAGGAGUACGGGCCCGUCGCGCAAGUCACCUUUGUCGGCCUCGCCGGCUGCGUCCUCCUCUGCGCAACAGUCUACGCCGCGGCGGGCUGCCGCUUCGGGCGCGACGCCGCCGCCACCGUCGAGCCGCUCCACGCCGUGAGCCGCGGCGCGCACGACGAUGUGGACGCCGCCGCCGUGCCGGGGGCCGAGACGGGCGGGGCGUAG